CAUAUCGCUCAGCUGAUUCAUAAUCUCUGUCUACCUUAAACAUUCUCGUUAAAACCCACUUUCCGACUCAAAAAACGUGUAUUGCAGUGAAAUAUCGUGCAUGACAAUCAUUUCCGAGUGUUCGCACGAGAAAUUGACCUUAAAAUUCGGUUUAAAGCAGUUCUCAUAACCUUAAAAACUUUCGAUAUCUUUUGUUAUCUUCGCUGUGAAAUAAAACACAAUAACGCUAGGUAGGACAGUGGAGAAGGGUUUGGGAGCCUCAUCACGGACACGUUCACAAUCAACAGCGGCAACAGCGCCAGCAAGCGGCGGCGCGAUGAGGCGCUCCUGAGCAGCUUCAAGUAUAAGAUGAAACCGCACAGCCUCAACCUGUCACCCAAGUCCCCGACGCCGCCCAAACGGAGGUUGGGCUCCAAGGAGAACUGCUCGCCUAAUAUUGGUCUCUCAUACGAAAACAGGAUAGAGUCAAGAGACUUCUCACUCACCCCAAAACCUUUCAAAAGCCAACACACAUAUGAGAACCAGAAGUCACCGUUCAAUCCGCCACCAAGAAAAGCUCUCGGAGAACUCCAGAACUUCUCACCAAAAUUCACACCGACAUCUUCUCCGCCACCGAAAAGAGACUUAAGCUCUCUCACCCGCUCUCCGCUCUUUAAGCUGCUUGAUACACCAGUGUUUGAGUCUCCGGUGAGCAGCCAGCGGUCUUUCAAGAAGAUUAGCAGGAUCUUCGAGGAGCGGAGCCGGUUCAAGAUGGAGAGUGAGAAGUUUGAGGAGGAAACUAGGGCUCCAUUCCAGUUUGAGCAAGAGAACUGGACUGCGACUAAGUUGGACUUCACAGACGUCCUCCAAACGCCAUUUAAAGAAAAUUUUAAGACUGAAGACACUGUCGUCCCUGAAAAGGAGGAAUUAGACCCGGAAUUCGACACACUCCACGACUUAGAGGAAGAAUUUGAUAAUCACACAUUCGAUCAAUGCAACGAGUAUGAAAUCAUCUCCACCGAUAGCCCGGAUAUCAUAUCUAGAGGCCGGAAUCCUUCCAACAGGAAAAUAAAUGGAAGCUUCGUCUUUGGAGCACCUUUAGUGGACACCGAACAGUCAACUUCCUUCAACGGGCCAGCGAGAGCCUUAAACUUUGAGGACAACUUCGAAUUCCCAUCGCCGUGCAUCAAGAAAAGCUCAAGUUCCGGUUCGGUUAAAAAAUCUCUCAAAUUCUGCGAGACACCGACGAAGGACUCCAUGAAGAGGAUAUUCACUUCGGAAAGCACUACUUCGAUGGAAAGCGGAUUUGUAUCCGAAUUUGAUGAUCAACUUUUAGAUAUCGAAGAAUCGAACUCUCCUAAAGUAGCUAAUUUUGAUAAUUUGCUAUCCGGACAGAUUAAGAAUAAUGUUAUAAGUAAUGUAAAGCAACCGCUGUAUCGGAGUAAAAGUUUUAACCCGGCCCAGUCGAAAGCGAGGGUGUCUCUGCUGUCCAUAUUGGAGUCUCCGCAGAAGAGGAGUCAGAAGAGAACGGAGCCAGCGGAGGGCGGGGAGAGUAAGAGGAGGAAAUGCGAGGAAACAAGGCCGGUGCUGCAGCGGUGCUUCUCUGAGAAUAAUGCUUCGAUUAUGUCCGCUUUAGAGCGAUUGGAUGUGAACCCGGACCUGAUCGGAGACUUCAGCCAGCCCUUCGCCCUCCCGCUGACCCGAGGCAACCACUCGGACCUCAAGAGCAUCUCGUGUGACACCCUGGCUGGCCUCAUGCGGGGGGACUUCCAGAACGUCACUGAAUUCCAGGUGAUCGACUGCCGCUACCCCUACGAGUUCGAAGGCGGCCACAUUACCGGAGCACAGAACCUGUACACGCCCACACAGAUCCUGUCCCUCGUCCAGGGACCGAGGCCUGAGGGCAAGGUGCUGGUCUUCCAUUGCGAGUUCUCCCUGGAGAGAGGACCUAAGCUCUCUCGCUUCCUCCGCUCCUCCGACCGCGAGAAGAACAAGGAGAUCUACCCCUCUCUCCACUACCCCGAGGUCUAUCUCCUCCACGAGGGCUACCGCGCCUUCUACCAGCGACAUCCGGACCUCUGCUCGCCGGCCGGAUACACCGCCAUGUUGGAUCCCAAACACAGGGACCUGCUGAGGCGACACCGCUCUGUGCAGCAGCCCUCGUCUUCUACGCAUCAUAGGAGGAAUCGGCUGCUGUUUUAGAGGACAAAAAAGCUUAGUCUACUGGAAAGACCGAUGGUCUACUGAAAAGACCGAGGGUCUACUGGAAAGACCGACGAUCUUUUGUUAAGAUUAGCUUUUCUGGAUUUAGUCUACACAAAAAAUCUACAGUCUUUCGUACAGACUGGCUUUUAUAGCUUCGUUUACUUAAAAAACCUACGAUAAACUACUGAAGGUUAAUCUGAAAUACUAAACGAUGAUGGUCUACUGGAAAGACCCGAGGUCUUUUAGUAGCAUGAGACGUUCGAAUCCGAUCACGAGUUCAGGGAGCCUAGCCAAGAUGACAUCAUUGAUAGAAAACAUCAAUCGAAAGUCAUAAUGUUUGGAAAUAGUCACGUGACUUUGUGGCAUCUGUCAUCCCGAUCUAUUUUUCCAUUCGUUUGGCGUUUGUCGAUGUACGACUGUAAUUUUGGCUAGGCCCCUUUGUCGCUAAACCAAUUCAAAAUUAUUGAUAAAGGUCUGAUUUUAGAGUAGUUGCGUGGUCUAUUUGAAAGACUGGUCUACUGAAUAGACCGUUAGUAUACUUGGUCUUUUCAGUAGACCAUGGUCUUAUAAAGACUUAAUUGGUAAAGCAAUAUAUAAGACUCCUCUAAUAUAAACACUAAAUUUAAUUUCAAAUUUGUAAAUACGAAAAAUGCCAUAUUAUUGUUAAAAACUAAGUUUUUAGUACAAAAAUAGGCUUAAAAAGUAUAUCCCACCUAUCUUAGUUACGCCAUAGUGUAAGUUUUCAUGACGCAAUAUAGUUGUAGUUUAGGAAAAUCGGGAAUUUGUCCAAUUCAAAUUGAACUUCCCUAUUUGUAUGCAAAUUACAUACAUACAAAUUGUCGGAUAUGUUUAUUUGAGUGUCCUAUCAGAACCUUUCACUUGGUAUAAACCUUGUUUAGAAACUUAUGUGAAUUGUUACAUAUUAUCUGCACAUUCAUUGACGUGACAGUUGGGAAGUGCCAGUAUAAAGGCCAGAACACACCCUCUGCGUGUGCGUAGAGAAAAUGUUGAAGCCGUACACGCACACGUAUCGCAAGCGGUGUGCCGUCUCCCAUAAAGAUCUGUAUAUUACAACUCGCACACGCAUUUGGUGUGCACAGGCCUUUAAGCAUUCACUGCCAAGAACACUAGGUGUUUAUUCUAUAUUGGAAAUAGGGCGCUUCGCACAGUAAAAGUCAUAUUUUAUUAAUUUGACGUUUUCAUAUUAUCACAAAAUCUGUGCAGAGUAAGCUUGGUCCUACUAUGUUCCUUAUAUUGCGAAUCAAUUAUCAGUAUGUGGAAUGAACCUUCAAAUAUUGAAGAAAAGCGUACUCCCAUAUUAAAAGCCGGCAACGCACUUGCAGAUGUCCAUGGGCGACGGGAAUUUGCUUACCAUCCGACUAUUCGUCUUAUCAUAAAAAAAAACAUGAUCCUUCCUUCACUUUAGUUAGUGCUUUGUCUGUCAGUGUCUAAGUAACAAAGCUAUUUUACUUGGGUCUCCUACAUUCCUAAAAACUAAUGUUCUAAAAUCACUUGGUUUAACCGUUUUGUCCUAAUGGGUAUUUAACAUAAUGAUCAUUUAGCAUAACAAUUACUUGCCAUAGUUGCCUGAAGAGUA